AUGUCCUUAGAGAAACCCACCUUCAGUGCGAACUCAAAAUUCGUCCUUGUCGUCCAUGGGGGUGCUGGAACCAUGUCUCGAGCGAACUCAACACCCGAGAAAGAAGCCGCGUAUCAUGCAGGUCUUCGUGCCGCCCUCGAGGCUGGCUAUCAAGUCCUGAAAGAUGGCGGGGAAGCAAUGGACGCGGCCGUUACUGCCGUCACUGUAUUCGAAGACAAUAUCCUGUUCAACGCAGGCAAAGGUGCCGUUUUUACCACGACGGGACACAAUGAACUCGAGGCAUCUCUCAUGCUGUCAAGACCACCUUCCACUCACCCCGAAAUUCUGGCAACGCGCCGUGGGCUGGGACUUACACUUUUAACGCGUAUCCGGAAUCCUUCCCAGCUUGUGAGAUCCCUGUACCUAUCUCCUUUCAAAGUUCCCCAUGUCUUCCUAUCUGCUACGCACGCAGAGGAACUUGCAGUUCAACAAGGCUUCCAGCUCGUCAAUGCGUCAUACUUCUUUAGCCUCAAACGUUGGAAAGAGCAUCGGGAAGGAUUGGGGCUCCCUGUUCUACCUCUCCCAUCCGGGGUUGAAACUGGUGGAGAUGAAGAUGACAUGAGUAUGAAUCCCAAGGGUACUGUCGGCGCUGUAGCCCUUGAUGUCAGGGGAUGCAUUGCCACCGUGACGUCUACCGGCGGUCGAACCAACAAGCUCCCAGGAAGAAUUGGCGAUACUCCGCACAUGGGGUCUGGGUUCUGGGCUGAGGAAUGGCCCGUAAAGGGAUGGAUACGGCGCGAGUGGAACAAACUAUGGAGAGGCAAGGACACACAGGCGGUAGGAAUAUCGGGAACGGGCGAUGGCGAUUACUUCAUCAGGCACGCAGCGGCGGUGGCGAUGUGUCAUAGAGUCAAAUUCAUGGGGGAGACCCUGGAUAGCGCCGCUCAGCAUACCGUAGAAGAUUUGUUGAAGGAUGGGGGCACGGGAGGUCUCAUUGCUUUGGAUGUCGAUGGUAACGUUGCAAUGGCGCUAAACUGCGAAGGUAUGUAUCGCGGAGUCAUCAGGGAGGAUGGUGUGGCAAAGACAGCAAUCUUUAGUGAUGAUAAAUUGCAAUAGAUACUUAGAAUAAGAUAUCAUAGAAUGAUAAAUAUGUAUGGUCACUUUGCCG